AUGUCCAAAAACAUCAAGACAAUUCCAACGUCAGAAUACGACGAAGUUAUAAACACAGUCCAACACUACGUCGACAGGGUCGCAAAAGCAGAUCGCGCCCUCCUAGACCUCGCAUUCCACAGGGACGCAACAAUGACCGGCUGGGCCCCAGCCGAUGGCACACUCUCAGUAGGCUCAUACACUAACCUUCACGCAUUCUUCGACACAUACGGCACAAGCGCGUCCCUCAAGACCCGUUGCGACAUCAUUGGUCUUACACCCACGACUGCCGUCGUCAAGGUAGACAUGGAGAACACCCCUGACGGACCGGCCUACACAGACUUUCACACGUUGAUCAAGGUUGAUGGGGGUUGGAAAAUUAUCGCAAAGGUUUUUCACGCUUAUGAGUCUUAA